CUGGCUUGGUGAUCACAUUUGAUCUCAAAUAUGACGCCGUGCUCGGGUGGUACUACCCGGUGACGAUUGUGCCUUGUAGUUCUGGCCGGUUAACCUGCAAUAGCAUCUGUGACCUACCAGCUGUGAACAACGCAUCGCAAGAUUAGCACCCUUGAACUGGAGCAAUCACAGCCAACCAAUCUGCUGGAAUGCAAGAUGUCCGAGGGUGAUGUCGAGCACGUUUCUGGCCUCUUUGACGGCAGUCCCCGUCAGUUCCAGCGCCUAUCCUCCCAAAGCACCACCGACUAUUUCUAUGACGCCCUGUCGAAUGGCUCUCGCGAAGACCAUCUAGCCGCCCUGUCCUCCACUCCUGUUCCUCUGUCCGGUAAAGCGUAUCCCACUCAGCCGGGUCUCACAAGCCUGCAACCUUUCCCUACACCUACCAGCAUACCCCCCGCAGGUCAUCCCAACAGUUACGAUCGCUCUUCUCCUGAUCCAGACGACUAUUAUCGCCCACACCUGCCCACCGUGGCCGCAAACGACGAGCAAGAUCUCGACCUGAGCGGCGGUCAUCCCAUGGUGGAAGUGGGCAGCGACGCAGCCGCAGAUAACCACCCCCCGAAACCUUUCCAACGUGUCUCUUCAGUACCGAUACACUUGCUCGAAUCCACGAAUACUAGUUUGGGCCAGUAUCGUUCCGCUUCCGAUUCAUCAUACAAAGGCGUUGGGCACGAACCUGCCUGGGGAUCAUCGGUGCGGGCCUCGGCGGCGAGAUCGGGGCAGACAUCCUUCAAAGAUCUUAUCAACAAAUUCAACAACAACGUCGACCAAGUCCUUCCCGUUCCUUCCACAUCCUCAGUCCGGUCGCGGGUAACCUCGAGAGCUGCCAGCCCGACCAGUCCUACCCAGUAUUCUUCGCAAUCUAGAGCCCUCCCUCGCCAGCGCGAAACACCCAACCUUUCGUCGAGGCCACAGUCUGGCCACUGGCAACCUAGGAGUGUAUUCGACACAGAGUCCUCGUCAGACCUUCUUGCAGAUUCACUCAGGACGGCUAGCAUUGAUGACAAUCAUUCGAGUAACUUCGCUUCAUCAGACGCGAUCCCUCGACGACCUACCCUUGGCGAACCGCUUCGAAUUGACACGAGUCCGCAGAUUCCUGGAUAUGGAACUUCGUCGACGGUACGGCGGCGAGGUUCUGACGGGAUCAUUCCUAGCCCGAAUCCAGCUUUCCUAGACCCUUUCGAUCUGUCGGCUGGUGUGACGCCGCUGACACCCACUGCGUGGUACCUAGGACGCACACCAUUUUUGGAGUCCAUCAGUACAGGGUCAAAUACAAACACUCACCGGAGGACGAAGAGUGAUAUUCCUGGAAAUUGGUCGGUCGACGUGGGAGCGAACCCUCCCGACUCCCACAUGGCGGUCCCGGCCCCCUUGCAGGCCAAUUCCCAAGCAUGCCCAGACAACAGCCCACAUACCCCAAAAUCACGCAUUCCGAUUUCAUCCCACCGCUUGAACUCGCCUUCCGUUUCAGACGAGUCUCCUCCCCCUUCAAGAGCCGGCACUCAUUCCGGAAACCGUCCUGCCGUUCAAGUCCAUCUGCCACCAAAAGGCACCAGCCGCCUUCCCAAACCCUCGCCCAAAUCCCCGCGUGAUAUGCCGAAAAAUGAUCAACUACCAGGUUAUGCUGCAUCACCACGCGCAAAGCGGGAAAUGGCUCAUGGUCGGUCGCGCCAGCAGCUUCCUGAAAGAAAUGCGCUAUUAGAAGCCUACAUUGCCGCUCCUCCCCCGAAAAAGUCACCCCCUCUACGCAGCUCCCGACCACGCCAGCCUAUAGCACAUACUCAAUCGUCUCGUUCGAAAGUCGUCGAAACGGUAUCAAACUUUCAGAGGCAGAUCAACCGCGAUCGGGAAUACAGGAACUCCAGGGCGCGCGAACGAAGAUUGCCGGAGCUCGGCCAUGUCGACUUCGCGACUAGGCGACAGAAGAUACAACAGGCUUUCAACCGUACCGUCGAGGAGAAUGAGCGAAAAGAGGAGAAAGCUGCUGAACUCAGACGUCAAGCAAAUGCCCAGGAAGACAAGCUUGAAUUCGCUCGCGCAUCCACCCCUGAACCACCGCAACCCACGGAGAGUCAAGUACAGCCUUCUCCCCACGCCGAGGAUAGCGCGACCGUCAUUGAGGAGGCAGCAGAAGCCCCGACUGAGGAGGUAGACCAGGUACCCGAAACGAAGGACUCUCGGCCACUUCCCGAGCUCCAUGUCGACACGGACAUCCCUACUACACUGGAGAAUGUAGACGGUGCUUCUGAUGCACACCUAAUGACCAUGGAUUCCCCAACUCUGGGACACGCAGCGAUAAUAGAAAGGGACUUGACAUAUGAGCCCAAGUCUCACGCUCCCCCCGCGUCUGAUGUUACCUCGGAGUCUAACGAGACCCAUGUGACUGCUUUCGAUACCGAGCCCCAAGUUGAGCUGUCACGACAAGACCUACAUACUUCUCACAGGACUCUGUUGAGUCAGAUCAUGAACAUUCGCGAGUCCAGUCCAAGCAGCUCGUCAUGCGAUGAGCAGGAGUGUAGCUUCUCCGAGAACGAUGAGAGGGAUGCGUUGCCUACGAGGUUAAGAAACGCUUUCGCUUUCGAUGAUCAAGCAGACAGCAGCGAUAACCCGGAGUCAUGUGAUAUUUACAUGCGACAUGGUCCGAUGAACGGCGAGACAUCUAACCGUUGGAGCAUGAGUUCUUGGUCUUCAUCCCUUCGCAAUCAGCACUCCGUCGACGAGCAAUGCGACAACAGUGGAGAUGACUUCUCCCAGCUACAACAGCGCACUGAGGACAGUGAGGUCGCGACCCAGUCCUGCUCUGCAUCUUCUAGCACCCCGUCAAUAACCGAUCAUCAAAUACUGCGCUCCGCAUCUCCAAAGAAGGGAAGCGCGAAUGAUGGGAGACAAGAAGCGAUAUCUCACCCAAAUGGCUUUGCAUUCUCUAACGCUUCCAGCUUAGCAAGACUAGGUGGCUGGGAUUCGAAGAGGGUUGGACAACUCUAUCUGCAGGAGCUGGCAAAUGGCAGGAGUCAUGAGCUUCCGUUGCCAGCAAUCCGCGCCUCUCCGGAGCCAUCACAGACAUACUCGGACAAGAAGGCAGAUCAGGGAUCCGACAGUCUAACUGGUGACCCGGUUGUUGUAUCUCGUAUACGGGACCCUCCUGCUUUGGAACGGCCGGGACAUACAGCAAGUCUAGUUUUGCGUGACGACUGGGAGCAUGCCUCCCCUUCGAUCAUGGACUGGAUGCAAGUGGCUGCUGCUGAGGAUGAGUCUGCUUUGCAGGCACAAAAUGGCGACACAGGUCCUGUACAUGAUAGUGCUACAACUCCCCGGCUGGUUACCCCGAAUCAUCAAAGUUCCUGUUCAGAAGAGGCCGAUGAAGGAUUAGGUCUGGCUAUCAAGGUGCACCAGCCUCAAGAGCUUGACUCCCACGAGAAGCAGUUGCCGUCGGUCCCUGAGCCACCAGACGAAGACAUACAGACCUUGAAUGUCGCCCCGCAACAGCGAAUGCAACCGCCUUCAAAUGUCAAUGUUACAGAGCAACGCCUAAGUACUAUCAUAUCUGGCAUCUUUGCGCCAUUGGAUCCUGUUCAAAGCACCGGUAGUAGCGAGGAUUCCUCUCUUCGCAGGCUGGACCCUAUACCGUCUCCCCAAACAUUCGACUCGUCUUCCACAUCGCUGGUCCCUUCAACAUCAGAGCCAUCCCGUCUAAAAGCACAAUCUCCAUCUCCAGAGCAACGUCGUCUUAAAAAGCGCCGGCAUGUGAUCAAGGAACUUGUCGAUACAGAGUACACUUUCGGACGAGACAUGAAAGUCGUCGACGAUAUCUACAAAGGAACCUCGAGUUCUUGUUUAGAUCUUUCCUCGGAGGACGUCAAGAUUCUAUUUGCGAAUUCCGAUCAGGUCGUGCAAUUCUCGAUGGCGUUCCAAGAUGCACUGAAGGAGGCAGCUAAGAGCGUUUACGUGAUGCCCAAGUCCCAACGCUGGAGUAGCAAGCGUAGUGCCCGCCAUCACGCUUCUAGGACUGAUUCCGAGAAUUCGAGCACGGCGGGCAUAUCCGACCUGGACAAAGAUAAGAUGACAUACAUUGGUCAAGCCUUCAUGAAUCAAAUGAGCUACAUGGAGAAGGUCUAUGCGGAUUAUUUGAAAAAUCAUGAUGCUGCUAAUAAGAAGCUCCAGACACUGCAGCGCAACCCUAAGGUUGCUAUCUGGCUCAAAGAGUGCCGAGACUGGGCUUCAGACCUAACGACAGCGUGGGACUUGGAUUCUCUCCUGGUGAAGCCAGUGCAAAGAAUUCUGAAAUAUCCCCUUCUGUUGGCCGAACUGCUCGACUCCACGCCCGACGACCAUCCCGACCACCCGGCACUUGUCAAUGCCCUAGAGGAAGUCACUAAUAUCUCUGUGCGUAUCAACGAGAUGAAGAAACGGGCAGACCUGGUGGGGCAGGUGGUCGGCCGCAAACGCAAAGAGUCCGAUGUGAGGGCGGGCCUGUCCAAGGCUUUCGGUCGACGUACCGAGAAGUUGAGGCAGCAGGUCGGCCUCUCUGACAUGGUCGAGGACAAGGAAUACGAUACACUGGCCCAGAAGUUUGGAGACAACUUCUUCCAAUUGCAACUUGUCAUGCGCGACGCCGAAAUGUAUACACGCGAGGUGCAGACCUCCAUGGACGGAUUCAAUGAAUUCGUUGAGGCGAUCCAAGGUUUCGUCAAUGUUUCGCCAUCUAACUAUGCAGAGUUGGAAGGAAGGUGGCGUGAGUUGAAGACCACUGUUGCGGAGAUAAUGACUGUGGCGUUGCCUGAACACAUUGCGGUUGUCCGAAAGAGUGUCAUUGACCCGAUGGUCACGUUGCUCAAGCUCCACGAUGGUCCUCAACGAGUAAUGAGAAAGCGCGAUAAGCGCCUCAUGGACUAUGCCCGCUUCAAAGGCGCGAAAGAGCGGGGUGACAAGCCUGAUAAGAAGACUACCGAACAAGGAGAGCAAUUUGUGGCGCUCAACGAGACCCUUAAGGAUGAGCUUCCAAAGCUCUACGCCCUGACUGCCAAAUUGAUGGAGGCGUGUCUCAAAAACUUCGUGCACAUACAGACUACUUGGUUCCGGCAACUACAGCACAAGCUUGGUUCUCUAUUCGAGUCAUUCCCGGAAGACAUCCAGAAGAUCGUGGAAGACUGGUCCUGCAAUUUCAACUUCUCUGAAUCGCAGGUCCUAUCACUGGGCAUCUGCAAUGGCUCCCUACUUGCUGAUACUGUCAACCUUGUCAACUUCAACACGCCUUCAACAGGAGCCACCAUCAGCUCGCCGCGGCGGCCUUCUACGGUCAAUAGUGUUAGUACACGCGUGGGAUCGACAAUGGAGGAUUCGCCCAAGGUGUCUCAAGAGUUUGGCAAUGGCAGUCAUUCGUUCCACUCGCCCAACUUUGAUACUCAAUCUCAGGUAUCCACUGGCCGCCACCGGGCAGAUUCCACCUUUUCGGGCCGUACGGGGCAUGAGACGGCCGAAAUCCCACGAAGUCAGAUGCUGCAGCAGAUCACUAGCGCUUCAACCGCGUCUGUGCCAGCUUCGACCUCCACCACCGAGGCAUUCCCAAGCCUACCCCGGCUCAGUCUCGACUCACCCUUCCUGGUGGACGUUAUUGGUCCUUCGAGUGAUGGGAACGAUGGCGCAAAGGCCGAGGAGCUUCCCAUGUCUCCUGAUGGACGGUACUCGGGAUUCUUCUCAUCAGCGAUGCCAAUGUCAGACAACCCGCAGGAUAACGCACCAACUCAUAACGAACCUCCCCAUGAGCCAGCGGUCCUCUUCCUCGCGGCAAGCAUCUAUGAGUUCAAUAUCGACCGCGCACGACGCGAGGCUGGCUAUCCUUACCUGACGUAUGUGGUCGGUGAGAUUUUUGAUGUCAUUGCGGAGAAAGGAGAGCUCUGGCUAGCCAAAAAUCAGGACGACCCUACCCAUCAGGUUGGAUGGAUUUGGAAUAAGCACUUUGCAAAGCUUUCAGCCUGAGAUGCAAUUUGCAAUCAACGUCCUUUAUCAUUAUAUUUCCCACGUGGAAAUUUCUGACAACGUGCGCCACAAUUUUGGCAGGGGCCUAGGC